CCAAUAGCAAAGAAGCUGAAAGACCCAAUUAUUGUGGAAGAAAAAAAUGAGGACAUUGAAUUGAACUAUGUGAGUAAAUUUGAAAAGAGAGUCACGGCAUUGUAUUGCGAUGCAUACAUUAAAAAUAUGAAAAUUCCGUUAAUAAUUGACUCUG